UAUCUUGAGAUCAUUAACACCUAAGGAGUAGGAAAACUUCGCGGGACGAAACAUUGUAACGCAGUCGAAUCGGGAACUGGAUACUUUGUUUGCGGACACAUUGUCUGGCAACUCGUGGGUCGGAAAAAGUGGCAUGUUAAUUCGACGGGCGGGAUCCAGCAGAUCGGGAUCCUUUUAGGCUGUUCCGUUACCGCCCGAGAGAAUAGAGAAACAGGAAACUUUCUUCCAUACAUCACAGGGUCCUGCUGAAGUUUAAGUCUUUUAAUGGAUUCGGACGGACUGGCACUUUACAGGAAAUAUACAACACCUGACAAAUAUCUGGUACCAGGAUUGUGAAAUCAGUUUAGCGCAAUAUAAAUAAUGUGUUAUUCAUCUGUUUUAUGUGUGAUAAUUGAUUUUUGAUGUGUAGGUCAGAACAUCAGUAACAAAAUAUUUCUUUAGCGUAAUCGAUCGACCGUAAUUUAUUUAAUAUAGGGCUAUAUCGGUGUAUAGACCAAUAAGACAUAUUGGUGUAUAUUUUGAUUCGACUUUUAGGUUAGUAUACAGUUUAUUAAAGUGCCUUCGGCGAAGCGGGGGACGUGUCCAGUCUUGUGAAAUUCUUUCCACCGAAGCAGGAGCUUUUCUGAGCAGAGGCGCCCCCAAAGCUUGCAGAGAAGCACCGAUGUCUUUGGCGGAGCAGAGUCAGCAGUGGUGCCCCACAAGCGUGAAGGUGACAGUGCUACAGGCGAGGGGUCUUAAGAUCAAGGGCAAGAAUGGCACCAACGACGCCUACGCCAUCAUGCAGGUGGCCAAGGACAAAUUCUCCACGGCCGUAGCCGAGAAGAGCGUGACCCCCAUGUGGAAGGAGGAGGCCACCUUCGACCUGCCGCUUUUCCAGCAGGGAAGCGCCGAUCGCAGCACGCUGUACGUGCAGGUGAUGCACCGUGCUCUCAUGGGCAUGGACAAGAUGCUGGGACAAGCCAUAAUCGACCUGGUGCAGCUGCAAGCGAACAAAUCCCGCAACAAAACAGACUGGUUCAAGCUCCUGAACAAGUCAGGCAAGCAGGACAAGGAGCGCGGUGAAGUUCAGCUGGACAUCCAGUUCCUGAGGAGCAACAUGACGGCCAGCAUGUACGACCUGUCAGCGCAGGACAAGCCUCGCUCGCGCAUGGGCAAGCUCAAGGACAAGCUGCGGGGCAAGCACAGGGGGGGGCACUCCGACUCCAUCUCUGCCAUCGUGCCGUCGGUCAGCCAGGGCCUGACCGACAGCGAGGGAGAGGAGGGCAAUGAGGACGAUGACAAAACCGGCACCCAGAAGUCAUCGAUGUCACUCCUGACCCCCAAGACCAAUCUUCAGCGCAAUAUAUCCCAGUCAAUGUCUCACCUGGGCUCUGGUUCCGAGUGGGACACCACCAGCAAGGACCAUCAGGACCCUAGUGACGGUAAGAAGAUAUUUGGGUUCCUGACCCACAAGCGCUCAGGGAGCUCUGACAGCAAAGUGAGCCACGGGCCCCUCUCACUGCUGGGUCAACAUAAACAAGCCCCUGCAGAACCAGUCACCAUCUGCAUCAACGGCAGCCACGUGUACAACGAGGAGCCACAGGCCAAGCCGAGCCACACGGGGUCAGCCCUCAGUCUCUCCGGCUCUCCACGUGGUUCUACCGAGAAUCUGCACCGAGUUGGAAAGGGAGAUGGUACUGGCAGCUCUGCAGACACCUUCAAGGGCUUCGAGAAGAUGAAGCCAGAGAAGGUGGAACAAGAAAGGAAGAAGCAGGAGGAACAGGAGAGGGAGAGAACGAGGCAGGAGGAGCAGGAGAUGGAGAGGAAAAAGCUAGAGGAAAGGGAGAGGAAGAGGCAGGAGGAGCAGGAAAGGGAGAAGAAGAGGCAGGAAGAACUGGAGAAAAAGAAGGUAGAGGAACGGGAGAGAGAAAGAAAAAGGCAGGAAGAGCAAGAGAGGGAGAGGAAGAGGUUGGAGGAGCAGGAAAGGGAGAGGAAGAGGUUGGAGGAGCAGGAAAGGGAGAAGAAGAGGCAGGAAGAACUGGAGAAAAAGAAGGUGGAGGAACGGGAGAGAGAAAGAAAAAGGCAGGAAGAGCAAGAGAGGGAGAGGAAGAGGCUGGAGGAGCAGGAGAGGGAGAAGAAGAGGCAGGAGGAACUGGAGAAGGAGAGGAAGAGGCAGGAAGAACUGGAAAAAAAGAAGGUGGAGGAACGGGAGAGAGAAAGAAAAAGGCAGGAAGAGCAAGAGAGGGAGAGGAAGAGGCUGGAGGAGCAGGAGAGGGAGAAGAAGAGGCAGGAGGAACUGGAGAAGGAGAGGAAGAGGCAGGAAGAACUGGAAAAAAAGAAGGUAGAGGAACGGGAGAGAGAAAGAAAAAGGCAAGAAGAGCAAGAGAGGGAGAGGAUGGGGCUGGAGGAGCAGGAGAAGGAGAGGAAGAGGCAGGAGGAACUGGAGAAGGAGAGAAAGAGGCAGGAGGAACUAGGAAAAAGGAAUCAGGAGAAAAUAAGUCAAGAGGUGAACACAAAGGUAGAACAGAGACCAGGUAAAGAAACUCCGGAGGUGUACAGUUCAAACCCCUUUGAUGACACGAACAGCUCCAGCCCUUUUGAAGAAAGCCCCCUAGAGGAGCUCCAUGGAAUCUCCGGCCGACCCAGCCGCUUGACCAGAGUGUCUGCUGUCAAGCCCAGACGGCACCCGGUGAAGCCCCUGAGGACUGCAGAGAUCCAGUCUGUCACCAGUGCUGCCGUUGCCCCAGUAGGGCACGAUGUGGGGGUGCAGGCCGCGAUAUCAGAAAAAUCAAAGGAGCCAGAGGCUAAGGAGGAGGGGCCUUAUUCCCAGCUGACCCGGUCGGAGCUCAUCGCCCUGCUGGUCAAGCAGCAAGCCCAGCUGGCUGAGCAGAGCAAAAAGAUCCGCAACCUGGAAGACUACAUCGACAACCUGCUGGUGCGCGUCAUGGAGGAGAACCCCAGCAUCUUGAUGGACCUGAGCGGAACCAAGAAGGCCAUCUAGGCUCCCUUCUGAGGGACCGAGUGCUGCUGUGUCAUAGAGCCCCCCCCCCCCCCCCCCCCCUUAGCUGGGAGCCCAAGCCCAGAUGCUGCUCCUCAGGAUAGCAGACAUCUGUCAUGAUUCACUUUUUUCUGGAUGGUGGUGGAGCACAAACGUGAUUAAAGGCUUUAAAUAUUAAAAUAUGGAACAUCUCACGCAAGGAGAAGGUCAAAUCAGUCAAGCCUAAUUUACGAUUCAUAAUGCAUAUUGAACAACAGGGCACUGCAACCUGUGUUGAUUCCUGUCAUCCAAAAAUGGGCGACAUUUGUAGUGCAAUUAAUGUGCAUGUAAACCCAGAGGGUUGCAUGCAGUGCAAAUGCAGUCCCUCCUCCGCAAAUCUGUACGCAAUACCGCACGAUUCUCAAACUUAAUGCAGAAGUCCAAAAAGUGCAGUACAGUUUUUAUGUGAUUUGCUUAUUAUAAAACCGCAAAUGUUUUAUUUUAAAACAAACCAACAGAGAACGAUUCUGAUGUUGGAACAUAUUUGUCUCGUAAGUUCUCUGACAUCUGCACUUUAUGUCUGAUUGCGGAACUGGCUUAAUGCAUUAAUAUUACAUUUGUAAGAAAACGCCAUACCUGUUUUUCACAUGCAACUCGACCAGUUAGAAAACUUUCAUCACUGUAAAGUUAGUGUUUUUUUCCCCUUUUUGGAGAAUAUUGCACCAGAUCAUUAUUGGGUGUAUAAUGUUCCAGUUUGGUGGUGGUUUCACAGUUUGUCGGCCAUCAGCAUUACAGCCUUAAUUGGCUCGGUGUCAGUCUGUUAACGUGUCUCGUUUUGUCACUGUGAUCAAGGCAAACUGGGAUCGGAGAGGUGGCCAUUUUGACACCAGCAUACCCAUGUGAAAAGGUCACAUGCGAAAGUCUAAAGCAAAUGAAAAUAAAGACGGUGAACUUA